UGAGUAAAUUACAAUUUAAAUUUGCUCUCUGUCUUCGUAAAAUUAUUGAAUAUAAGCCAUCGAAGGUGGAGGUUAGCAAUGGUACCAUCUUCAUUCUAGCAUAAAAAACCAAGUGUUUUUGUUUUCAGAGAGAGAGAGACAAAAAAAAAACUCAAACUCAAACUGAAGUCGAAAAUCCCAGGAUAGCAACCCCUAUUCUUGCCUGUUUAACUAUUCAAAAAUCCUUGUUGUCGGAUGGGUGCUGCUUUGUCCUACCCAUUUGCUAAAUGCAGUGAUUUGGAGAAUGCUUUAGAAUCUGUCACUGUGAAAUCCAUAAGUUUUGGAAAUGAUGGAGUGAAAACACCUGUUAGAUCUAUCAGUUUCAAAACUUCAGAUUCUGAGCCCACCAUUUUAAAAUCAGUAGGUUCUGGAAAGAUGAUAUUGGAGGGAUCUAUAAGCUUUAAGGGGAGCGAUUUCGAGAGGAUGCUUUCACUCAGGUCGUCUUCUUCAUCGGAUAAACUCGAGGAUUUGCACAUUAAACAUGUCAGUUCAAAGAGAGAAGCAAUGGAUAUUCAAUCCACAUCACCGGUAUUAGAUCCCAGCAAUCCACAACAUGAGGCGGCAAUAAGAUUGCAGAAGGUGUACAAGAGCUUUAGAACACGAAGAAAACUAGCUGAUUGUGCAGUACUCGUUGAGCAGAGUUGGUGGAAGCUCUUAGAUUUUGCUGAACUCAAGAGGAGUUCUGUAUCAUUCUUCGAUAUAGAUAAACAUGAGACUGCAAUUUCGCGUUGGUCAAGGGCAAGAACUCGAGCUGCCAAGGUUGGAAAAGGUUUAUCAAAGAACGAUAAAGCUCAAAAGCUUGCUUUGCAACACUGGCUUGAAGCAAUAGAUCCAAGGCAUCGCUAUGGACACAAUCUACACUUUUAUUAUAAUCAAUGGCUCCAUUCUCAGAGUCUAGAACCCUUCUUUUAUUGGCUGGAUAUUGGAGAAGGGAAAGAAGUAAAUCUCGAAAAAUGUCCUAGAUCAAAGCUUCAACAGCAGUGCAUCAAAUAUCUUGGUCCGAUGGAAAGAAUGCCGUACGAAGUUGUUGUGGUCGAUGGAAAGUUCAUGUACAGGCAAACAGGGAAGCUUCUCCACACGACUGAAGAAACUGAUGACACCAAGUGGAUUUUUGUCCUUAGCACAUCCAAAGUCUUAUAUGUUGGCGUGAAGAAGAAGGGUACAUUUCAACAUUCUAGCUUCUUGGCUGGAGGUGUCACUAUUGCUGCUGGAAGAUUAAUUGUUGAUAAUGGUGUCCUUAAGGCAGUUUGGCCUCACAGUGGUCACUACCGUCCUACAGAAGAAAAUUUUAAUGACUUCAUUUCAUUUCUAAGGGAGAACAACAUCGAUCUUACAGAUGUGAAGAUGACUCCGGUGGAUGAGGAAGCAAACUUGGCUGGCAAACGAAGAAGCAUUAACCAUCUUAGAUGCAAUUCAUCUGAAGAGGACUUUAGCUUAGAGGUGGAAGAGAUGAAUGUAAAAGAUUCAAUUGAGGAGGUAAUUAAUUCAGAGGAACAAGAAAUUAGUGCAGCUGUUGGACGCCCCAAGUCAAGGAGGCUCAUCAGUCUUAGCAGAAAAUUGACUGAUCUUGAAAUACCGAAAAGAACAGAAUUGUUUGAGAUGUCAAAAGAUGACCAUGGUGCUGAUAUGCCGAGUUGCAAUGAAAAUCCGAUGGAUUCCCCCUUGGGAGAUGAUUAUGAAAGGAUGGAUGAAACGGGGGUAGAAGACGUCCCUAAAGAAUCAAUACUUCAAAGGAUCAACUCUAAAAAGGGAAUGAAGUCAUAUCAAUUAGGGAAGCAGUUGUCGUGCAAGUGGACAACAGGAGCAGGACCACGGAUUGGUUGUGUUAGGGACUACCCCUCGGGACUCCAAUUCCGGGCUCUGGAGCAAGUGAACUUGUCUCCAAGAAGUACAAGCUAUUUGAAAACAUACUGUUCUCCUCAGUCGAGUUGUAGCCCAAGUCCAAAAGUUGGCAUACCAGCAGGUGGUAGUGAAGAUAUGAGAACCCAAAGUUUACCCGUGGGGAUGAAAGAGAAGUUACUGCAGAGAAGCAUCCCUUCCAAAAGGCAGUCCUUCCCAUUAUGAAGAGGCUAUGUAGGACAGCUUGUUGCUAACAUAUAUACCAUAGUGAAAACCACAUUCAGUUAGUUCAUUCUUUUAGUGUGAAUAGAAAAGAUGAUAUAGGAUUCUUUUAUCAUUCUUUUCAAAACUCCAUCGAUGUACACUAUUUAAAAAAAAAAAAUUCAUCUUUUGUAUCAUAAGAUGACAGAACAAUUUAGGAAUUUUGGGCUUAGUGCCCCUUCAAUACAAAGGGAAAAGAAAUUACUUUGUUUUUUUUGUU